UGGAGCGCCUGCCGUUCCCUGCGUCGAGCAUGAUGUUCUCCAUGGACAGCGAGGGCGCGUCACAGUCCCUGCGUCGCGACUCGCAGCUGUCCAUCACGGUCACGUUCACGGAUCCGCCCGAGCCCACGCUGCUCGCUGGUGGUUCGCCCGGGUACGUGAUCCCAGACACACGCUACUCGCUGCAGUUUGAAGUGGACACCACAACAGAUGACCUGCCCACCACCACAACCAGCACAACCACAACCACAACCACAACCACAGCCGCAACGACGACCAUCACAACCACGGCUGCCGGUGCUGGUGGUGCUGGCAACAGUACGAUCACAAACUCUACAGCGAUCACUACAACCAAUUCGACUUCCGCGUCAAACGCAACAGCUAUCUCCACUACCUCCACAACAACGACAACGCUCGAGCCAACGACGACAAUGACGACACUUGAGGACAUGGUUCGGUCGCGUGCGCUGCGAGCGCUGAAUGACAUUGGCAUUCCCAUCAUCGACAUUUCCAUUGACGGAACGAAGGUGUCUGUGGUUGCUGUUGAAUUCCCCACAUCCUCGAUGAUGAUGGAUCUUGACGACCAUCCAUACGUUGCCCUCAACACCACCAGACCACCCCUGACACUGAACUCUGCGCUGACCGCGGAGGAUGCAAUUGAGCUGGCUCUUCGGCUGGUUCAAGCACACGUUGUGCAGCCGCGCUGGGGCUCGUUUGAAUUCCCCGUGGAACUCCUUGAGAGUGCGUUCACCACCACGACAACGACAACGACCACAACCUCGACCACAACAACAACAACUACAUCUCCAACUUCGCAGGACAACUCCUCAAGCACCACACCAACGCAAUCGCCCGAUGCUCCAAAAGCGUCAUCUUCCACAGCGGCAUCGCCAUGGCAGUUUGCUGUUGGUGCAUUCGGUGGCGUGGUGCUGAUUGCUGCAAUCGUUGGUUUCAUCAUGGUGACGCGACGUCGCAGCGUUGUUGGCACAUCACCCACUGUAGUUUCUGACAUCAAGCAACGGCCAACCGUGUCUUUCACAAACCCCGUGUACGAGGACGGCCUCAAAAAAGAUGCAACCAUGCACAGCCACAAUGGUGAUCUGUACACGGAUGUCGGCGAUCGCGACGAACAGUUGUAUGAUGAGCCGGCUGCGUUGUUUGGCACGACCCACCAAGUUUUCAACCCGAUCUACUCCGCCAAGUCAACUGAGAACGUGUUUGGCGACGACGAGGACGAAGACGAAGUCGACCCAGAUGGCGGCUAUCUGGACGUGAGCGAGCAAGCGCAGGACGUUGCUGAGUACACAGAUGUCCACGUCGCUGCGGAUGAUGACGCGACUUACGCCACCGGCUUCGGCUUCAGUGAUGACGAGGAUGAGUGAGCUGCGUGGUGAUUGUGCAAUUCAGUUUACCUGACGCGCUCAACCGUUCUCUCUGUGUCUCUGCCACCACCGAUGGUUGUGUCUGCCUGUCUUUCGUUCAUCCCGCCUCUCUUGCUUCCCUCUCCGUUUUCACGGCUGUUUGCAUGUGUUAUUGCCUUCUUUCUGCCUCGUCUUCCCCUCCUUUCUUUCUUUCUCUUCCCCCGUCCCCCCUCCUUUCCCCUUCUCAUCCUCCUUGCCGAUUCACGCGUUAUUCUGCUUUCUGUCACGCUUGCGUGUGCGACUUUUCUCGUCAUGUGCCGUGCAAGCGUGCAGCCUUCGCUGCCACACCACGUUGAGGAAGCAUACACUUGCCGUGACUCCUGGUCCGUUUCGUGCUUUCCCUUGGACUUAUGGUUUGCAAGGAGUGUGUCGUUCAGGCUCACUUCACUUGUUCUCCGUCCAUCAAAUUGAGGCUUGUUCAGCAUGUACCCUCUACGUUCCUCUACGUUCCUCCCCUCCCACCCUUCCCAUUCUGGUUCACGUUCCAAGCGCCGUGGAGCUGCUUGCUGAACUGUGGCGCACGCUUUCCUGGCUGCUGCUGGGCCUGUGAUGCUCUUAAUACAGC